UCAAAAUACCAAGUGUUGAUUUUAAACAAUUAAUAUGGAAGAGGACAACUGUUAUUUAGAACUAUCCAAAGAUCCUGUGCGAUUCGAGGCAGUGAAUCAACUCACCAAUGUAUUUUUUGAUGACUCAAACAAGGAUGUCUUUGCUGUAAGAUCUGGAGGAGUAAUGGGGGUUGUAGUAAAAGGACCAAAUAAAGAUGAUACUCCUUUAAAAUUUAGAAUGGAGGACCAUGGACCAGUUUUAUCCAUAAAAUUCUCAUUGGAUCAUAAAAUACUGGCUGUACAAAGAACCACCACCUCAGUAGAAUUUAUGAACUUCAAUGGUGAUUCUAUUGAUACAGAAUAUGCACAAAGUUCCAAAAAAAACUCCAACAUAUUAGGAUUUGUCUGGACAAACACUACUGAGGUAGCCUUUAUUACAGAUCAUGGUAUAGAAUUGUACAUGGUUUUACCCGAUAAGAAAGCACUGAAAUAUUUGAAGACUAGUUCCAUAACUGUUCAGUGGUUUGUCUGGUGUGCACAGAACAAGAUUGCCCUUUUAGCUUCUGCUCAUGGUUCACAACUGCAACCUGUUGUACUUACUGGUGGAUCAAUAAGCAAGCUACCAAAAGUUGAAACUGAACCUGGUAGAAUGGCUUUGGAAAGAGACGUUACGUUGGCGACAUUGUAUGGAGUACCAGCCGUUUUGAUUCUUCGCCACCAAAGCGGGCCGCAAACGGCCGAAGUUCACGUACAUACUUUAAGUGGUCCUGGUCAAGCACCUGUUAAAUCCCAUGUUUUAAAGUUGGGCCUUUCUGGCCGGUUUGCCAUAAAUGUCGUCGAUGAUCUGAUCUUAGUUCAUCACCAAGCUUCCAGGAGUUCCAAAUUGUUUGAUAUUGCUUUGCAAGGUGAAACUGACGGAAGUGUUAAAUAUCAUAACUCAGUAGCUCCUGCCAGAUCUUUUAAACCAGCAAGUCUUGACAUUCCUGGGUUAGUUGAACCUCAAAUUCAUCUCUGUGAUCUUUAUUCGCCAAACUGGGUAGUUUUUCAACCAAAUGUUGUGAUAGAUGCCAAACUAGGUUGUCUUUGGCACAUCCAUUUAUGUUUACCAGAAUUAUGCCAGUUGAUAACUGAUUUGAGCAUUUGUACACAAGUAGCUUUAAAAAGAAACCACGCCAAAGAAGUUUUGAUAAAAAUAUUACUCCAACAAGCAAGACAAGAAAAACCAGAUCUAUACAAAUUGCAAGAAUCCUUUAACAAUAUAAACAGUGUGUAUAGAACUUGGGCGGAUGAGGCAGUACAAUAUCAAAUCGCCACUCCACCCAACGUACAAAUCACAACGAAAGCACCGCAAAUGCCAAGAGUUUUGAUCGAUCAAGACGACAUGUACGACGGAAUUUUUGUCAAGCUGGACAACGAGAAUGACUUACAAAAACUCGAAUGGGUUUUGCUUAGUUAUAUAACGUCUCUGACCGAAUACGGAAUCGCCGUGCAACACAAUCUCAAUGAACUUAUGAUAACUACUUUGGCCCGGCAGGAAAAAUUUACGUCGCUCCAACAACUGCUGCAAUACGGAGUGGUCAGCGAUUCGAAACCUCUAGCUUGCUUACUGCUGUCUCUCGGUAACAUGCAUCCGGCAGCAUUGCAAAUGGCUCUUGAUAUGCUGGCCAGAAUUGACGCGAAAGAAGAAAUCCAAGAGGUGUUACUGAGCGAGGGACAGAUUUUGUCGGCGCUGAAACUGGCCGGAGAUUCGGCGAAUCCCCGCAAAUUUUUGAACGCAGCCCAAAAUGCGAACGAUAGCACAUUGUUCCACAGUGUACUGUUUCAUUUCAGGAACAAUACGCAGUUCGCUGCAACUUUUAAAAAAGAUGAAAGGCUGUUAAAUUUUAUACAUCAUUAUACUACUAUAUUUCAGGACAAUUAAAUAUUAUAUUAUGUAACUUUUAUGUGAUUUUAUACUGCUUGUUUUCGUUGAUGUUUGUUAUUUAAUUUUUAUGAUAAAAGAAUUUUAUUAAAUCAGUUUUAAACAGUA